AUGAUAGAUGCAACUAUUUUGAGUUUGAUUAUUGGAUCAAUUGCAUUAUUAUCAUCAAUUGUUAUUGUUUUGGUUGUUUAUUUACAAAAAAAGUCCACAAGAACCUGUGUUUGGAAAGCAUCAACAAAUACACAAUCAGUUAUUAAUUCAGCACCAAUUUCUAGACAACCAUCUUCAUCAUGCUUAGUUAAUCUCAACAAACAACAACCAUUAUCACGAUGUCGCUCAGCUUCAUUCGGCGAAGAUCUUGCUGCUCGUCUUCAAAUUUUAGCUGCUGGUAGUCACUAUCGUUCUUAUUCACCAGCAACAAUCAAUCCUUCAACUCGUUUAACUAGAUCAUCACUUGGUGCUAAUAUUCGUUUUCCAAUUUCAUCAAAUAUAACUCCAAGCAUUCCUUCAAAACCAAGUAUACCUUCAAUUACUUUUCAACUACGAUACGACCAUACAAUAGAAACUUUAUUUAUAACUAUAUUUCAAUUAAAUAAUUAUUCACCAAUCAUAAAUACUCAAAAUAUAUACCUUAUUCUUUAUUUAUUACCAAAUGAUGACGAACAACGUCAAACAAGAUCAUCAAUAGAUGGUAUAUUUAAUGAACAGUUUAAUUUUCCAUUAAAAACAGAUGAUUUAUUAAGAAGAACAUUACGUCUAACAGCAUAUAAAGUUAAUUUAAGAACACGUAUUCGUCAUAUAAUUGGACAUGUAUUUAUUAAAUUUGAUCAAUUUAUUGAAGAAAAUAAAACUGAGAAAACAUUUUCAACAAAUACCAUAUUAGAAUAUCUCAAUCAAGAUUUACAUAUUCGAUCAGAUUAUCUUGGACAAUUAAUAUUAACAACUUGUUAUUUGAAAGAUCAAAAUCUUAUUCAAAUACGAAUACAACAAAUUAAUCAUUUACAUAUUGAACAAGCAAAAUUUAACACUCCAUUAAAAGCUCAUUUCAGUGGUCAAACAUCUAAUACUGGCAAUAAAUAUUAUUGGACAAAUACUUCACCAUUUAUUAUUCCUGCAUCUUCAUCUUCGUUUCCUAUUGAUAAAGAACUAAGAUUAAUUGCUUAUCCAUCAUUAAUAUCAACAAAUGAUGAUUAUAUUGAAUGCCAUCUUAGACUUCAUUUACAUGGUUUUAAUCAAAUAUAUUGUCAUGCUCGAUGGAAACAAACACUUCGAUCAGCUUUGCCACAUACAUAUACUGUUUCACUUGUUGCUUUGUAA